UUCGAGCAGCCACCACCUUCCCAAACCACAACAACACUGUGCGCCAUUACUCCGCGUUGAUCAGCCCGCACUUCCGGAUCGUGUCAGCUUCCAGAAACGGUUAUCGGUUUUACUCUCGAUCCUCAACGCUGCCGACCAUGGCCGAAGUCGAGUGGACAGGGCCCCGCGUCCGCAAGACGUUCCUGGAUUAUUUUGCAGAGAGGGGCCAUUCGAUCGUUCGUGCAGAAACACAGAAUGCCCGUCUCUGGAACUUUACCAUCCAUAGUCCCGACGAGAACAUGCAUCUUGCCAAAAGCCUACGCCUUCGAACUUGGCUAACCUGACUGCCCCGCAGUGCCCUCGUCCUCGGUCGUCCCUCACAAUGACCCCACCUUGCUCUUUACGAAUGCGGGCAUGAACCAGUUCAAGCCCAUCUUCCUUGGGACAAUUGGAAAGACUGAGCCACUGGCCCAGAUGAAGCGUGCGGUAGACACACAAAAGUGCAUCCGUGCAGGUGGUAAACACAAUGACCUCGACGAUGUCGGCAAGGACAGCUACCACCAUACAUUUUUCGAGAUGUUGGGGAACUGGUCCUUUGGCGACUACUUCAAGAAGGAGGCAAUCCAGUGGUCGUGGGAGCUCCUAACAAAGGUCUACGGCUUGGAUCCGAACCGGCUCUACGUCACGUACUUCGAGGGCAACCCUGCCAUGAACCUCGAGCCGGAUCUCGAGGCUAAGCAGCUAUGGCUCGACGUCGGCGUCCCCGAGGACCAUAUUCUACCUGGCGACAUGAAGGACAACUUCUGGGAGAUGGGUGACCAAGGGCCAUGCGGGCCUUGCAGCGAGGUACACUACGACAAGGUCGGUGGGCGAAACGCUGCGCAUCUUGUCAACCAGGAUGACCCUCUCGUGGUGGAAGUGUGGAACAACGUUUUCAUGCAGUUCGACCGCCAAAAGGACAAGUCACUCAUGCCCCUGCCUGCGAAGCACAUCGAUACCGGCAUGGGUUUCGAGCGUCUAGUGUCUGCUCUCCAGAACAAGACGUCCAACUACGCUACCGAUAUCUUCACCCCGUUGUUCGCGAGGAUACAAGAAGUCACUGGCGCUCGGCCAUACACGGACAAGUACGGGAAGGAUGACGUUGACGGUAUCGAUACCGCCUACCGUGUCGCCGCCGACCAUAUCCGCCUGCUCUCCUUCGCCAUCGCCGAUGGUGCUGCACCCAACAACAUCGGACGCGGCUACGUGGUCAGGCGUGUUCUCCGGAGAGGUGUGCGGUAUGCGCGGAAGUACUUCCAGGCCGAGAUUGGCUCCUUUUUCUCGAGUAUUCUACCGGCGCUAGUUGAUCAGAUGGGCGAGCAAUUCCCCGAGCUCAAGAAGAAGCAGGAGGAUAUUCGGGAGAUCCUGGAUGAGGAAGAGGUGGCUUUCGCGGUCACGCUGGAUCGCGGUGAGAAGCAGUUCGAGAAGUACGCCGCCUUGGCGGUGAAGUCUGGGGAAAAUAAGCUCUCAGGUGCGGACGUAUGGCGCCUCUACGACACUUUUGGGUUCCCCGAGGAUCUCACAAAGUUGAUGGCUGAGGAGCGUGGGCUCACCAUCGACGAAGCCGAGGUCGAGGUCGCCCGGGAGAAGGCGAGGGAGGCGAGCAAAGCCGUGAAGGAAGCCGUUCAGACUUUCCCCAAGCUCAACGUGCACCAAAUUGCCGAGCUGGAGAACACCGUCAAUCUUCCCCGGCCAGACUCGGAAGCCAAGUACAAGAAGGGCGACAUCAAGGCCAACGUCCAGCUCGUCUUCACUGGCGCCGAGUUCCGCAAGACUAGUAAGGAACUCCCGCCCAAGACACCUCUCGGCUUGUUACUCGACAAGACAAACUUCUAUGCCGAGUCCGGUGGUCAGGUUGCGGAUACCGGUAGGAUUCUUAUCGACGGCGUCGCCGAAUUUAAGGUUCUGGAUGUGCAGGAGUUCGGCGGUUACGUCGUGCACAACGGCUACCUCGAGUACGGUGAGCUCACGGCCGGUGACGAGGUGAUCUGCGAGUACGACGAGCUGCGGCGCCAGCCUAUCCGGAACAACCACACCGGAACACACGUCCUGAACCAUGCGCUGCGGGAGGUGCUCGGCGAUGAGGUCAACCAGAAGGGGUCACUGGUUGACCAGGACAAACUGCGCUUCGACUUUAGCCACAAGAGCCAGGUCACCUUGGAGGAGAUCAAGAAAAUUGAGGCCAUGUCAAACGAGGACAUUCAGAGGGAUCUCAAGACGUACGCCAAGGACGUCGACCUGAGCCUGGCGCGAGAAAUUGAGGGUGUCCGCGCCGUCUUCGGCGAGACGUACCCCGACCCCGUACGCGUCGUAUCGGUUGGUGUCGACGUCGACGAGCUUCUCAAGACCCCCAAGAACCCCGAGUGGCGCAAGGUCAGCGUUGAGUUCUGCGGCGGCACCCACGUCGAGUCGACGGGCGCCAUCAAAGAUCUGAUCAUCGUUGAGGAGAACGGUAUCGCCAAGGGCAUCCGGCGACUCGUCGCCUACACGGGCGAUGGCGCCCAUCAGGCGCAGCGCGACGCCAAAACCUUCAGCGAGAAGCUCGACCACAUCCAGGCGCUCGAGUUUGGCCCGCAAAAGGCGGCCGACAUCAAGGCAGCGGCGGUCGAGCUCGAUGCGCUCACCAUCUCGGCGCUGACCAAGGAGGAGCUGCGGCAGCGGUUCGCCAAGAUCCAGAAGGAGGUCGUCGACGAGCAGAAGAAGCGCCAGAAGGCCGAGAGCAAGACGGCGCUCGACACGGUGCAGGGCCACUUCAAGAAGGACGAGAACAAGGAGGCCAAGUUUUUCGUCGGCCACCUCCCCAUCUCGGCCAACUCGAAGGCCAUCGCCGAUGUCAUGACAUACUACAAGUCCAAGGACAAGACGCGGACCGUCUACGUGUUUGCGGGCAGCAAGGAUGAUGCGGUCAUGCACGCCGUCUAUGUUGGCACGGAACUCUCCUCCAAGGGUGUCACGGCCGAACAGUGGACGGCCGCCGUCACGGAGGUCAUUGGCGGCAAGACGGGUGGCAAGGAGCCCAGCCGACAGGGCGCUGGUGCCGAGCCGGCCAAGCUUGACGAGGCCGUUGCUCGGGCAGAGCAAUGGCUUACGGACAAGAUGAAGGAGCUCAGCAUUUGAGUUGAUGGUUAUGGGAAAGGGGGUUAAUGUGAUGGUAAUGGAUUCGUUGUCAUGACUUCAAGCCUACUAUGAUGUGUCUGGGGGAAGGCGGGAUAUGCUAGGUUUAGACGGGUGAAUGAGUCAAAAGACUGGAACAAGUUUAGUUCCUAAAAUCAUCAGGGGCAUCUGCUAGGUGGUUCGGAUGAGCAUGUUUGGGACAGGU